CUCUCUCUCUCUCUCUCUCUCUCUCUCUCUCUCUCUCUCUCUCUCUCUCUCUCUCUCUCUCUCUCUCUGUAUAUUUGUCGGCAAACACCACGCACACACACACACAAACACAGAGAGUAAAUCUGAAGUACCUGGCGUUUCAACCAUGAGUUGCAAUGGAUGCCGAGUCCUCCGAAAAGGGUGCAGCGAUAGCUGUAUUCUCCGCCCCUGUUUGCAGUGGAUUGAUACUCCUGAAGCUCAAGGUCACGCCACCGUAUUCGUUGCCAAAUUCUUCGGCCGCGCCGGUCUCAUGUCCUUCAUCUCUGCCGUUCCUGAAACCCAACGUCCAUCUCUUUUUCAAUCGCUAUUAUUUGAAGCUGCCGGUCGGACGGUGAAUCCAGUCAACGGAGCAGUCGGACUUUUGUGGACAGGGAACUGGCACCUGUGUCAAGCAUCGGUGGAUACAGUUCUCCGAGGCGGCACUUUACGCCCGAUCCCGGAGCUUAGCGACGGAUUCCCGGCGAUGCCAAAACUCGGUGAUUCCUCGGAAAUAGAUGUAACUCGCUUUGACUUGCUCGAACCUCAGGAUCCGGUCACACAUCCGCGGUCGAAAGUGCAGAAGCGUCGGCGAGCCGGUGAGUCGCCAUCAAACAUGACACAAUCGCACGAUCUUGAACUCAAUAUAAAUCAGAGCUUUACAGCUGUUAAAGGCUUCCCUGAGAAACGGCGGCAGGGAAGUCCGUCGAUGAAUUCUGAAGACUCCGUGACUACAACGUGUUUGGGCGGCGCCGGUGGGCUUGGAGAGUAUAGUUUUACUCAAGGAGGAAGAGAAGUGCAUCUGCUGAAUCUGUUCAAAUGAUGAGUUGUAGCGUAAAUUUUGAUCUGGAAGGAAAUAUGUUUGGUCGGAUUUUAGAUUCCGGCGACUUUUUGUAGUUCACGGGCACAGGAUUUCCCUCCGUCUGAGAUUUUGUUUUUUGUAAGGAGGGGAAAAUGAAAGUUCGCCGGUGAUUCCCAUUUACAUCUUCUGUUAAAUCUCAUUGUAGCAAACUUGAGACUUGUAACCGGAAAAUAAAUUAUUUGUUUUAAAACAAAAACGUUUUCCUUAAA